UUGGUAGCGAUGGGGUUUCACCAUGUUGCCCAGGCCGGUCUCAAACUUCUGAGCUCAAGCAGUGUACCCACCUCAGUCUCCCAGAGUGCCGGGAUGACAGGUGUGAGCCACCACAUCCAGCUUCUGCAUGGGGUUUGGUCAGGGCUAGGUCUGUGCUCUGAAGGGGAGCUCAUCCCAGCCCAGCUCCCCACUGCUGCAGCGUGUGUGGGGGCUUCUCCAGAAGGGGAGUGGGAGUUUCCUAUAGGGGUUUAUCGUCCCUGGUGCGGUGGGCAGCAGGGGGGACUGUACUUCCUCAGGGGGGACCGUACUUCCUCAGAAUGAGGUCUCCUUUGUAUGUGUGGUUGUGUUACAGGGACGGGGUGUCUUGAUUCUGAGCAAUAAACAGCAUAUUUUUAACAUGCAGGAUUGACUUCUAAAGACUCUUGGUCCAUGAGGAAGAAACUCGGAAGAGGAAGAGGAAAGCAGAGGAGUCGGGGAUGGCUCCUCCUCAGGGUCUGUUGACAUUCAGGGAUGUGGCCAUAGAAUUCUCUCAGGAGGAGUGGAAAUGCCUGGACUCUGCUCAGAGGACUCUGUACAGAGACGUGAUGCUGGAGAAUUACAGGAACCUGGUCUCCCUGGCUAUCUCUUCCAAAUGCAGGAUGAAGAAGUUCUCGUCAACAGGGCAAGGCAAUACAGAAGUGAUCCACACAGGGACACUGCAAAGACAAGCAAGUCAUCACAUUGGAGAAAGUUGCUUCCAGGAAAUUGAGAAAGAUAUUCAUGACUUUGUGUUUCAGUGGCAAGAAGAUGAAACAAAUGUCCAUGAAGCAUGCAUGACAGAAAUAAAAAUGUUGACAGGUAGUACAGACAAAUAUGAUCAAAGGCAUGCUGGAAACAAGCCUAUUAAAGAUCAGCUUGGAUCAAACUUUCAUUCACAUCUGCCUGAACUGCACAUAUCUCAGCCCAAAGGGAAAAUUGAUAAUCAAGUGGAGAAGUCUAUCAACAAUGCCUCCUCAGUUCCAACAGCCCGAAGAAUUUCUUGUAGGCCCAAAACCCAUGUUUCUAGUAACUAUGGGAAUAAUUUCUCCCAUUCUUCAUUACUCACACAAAACCAGGAUGUACACAUGAAAGUAAAAUCUUUCCAAUGUCAUGAGAAUGGCAAAUCCUUUUAUUGUAGCUCACUCUUUAAAAAACAUCAGAUAAUCCAUUUAGAAGAGAAACAAUAUAAAUGUGAUGUAUGUGGCAAGGUCUUUAAUCAGAGGCGAUACCUUGCACGCCAUUGUAGAUGUCACACUGGAGAGAAACCUUACAAGUGUAAUAAAUGUGGUAAGUUUUUUAAUAAAAAAGCACACUUUGCAUGUCAUUAUAGACUUCAUACUGGAGAAAAACCUUACAAGUGUAAUGAGUGUGCUAAGAGGUUUGGUGACAAUUCAGCCCUCUUAGUUCACAAGACAAUUCAUACUGGAGAGAAACCUUACAAGUGUAAUGAGUGUGGCAAGGUUUUUAAUCAACAAUCAAACCUUGCACGUCAUCAUAGGCUUCAUACCGGAGAAAAACCUUACAAAUGUAAAGAAUGUGACAAAGUUUUCAGUCGCAAAUCACACCUUGAAAGACAUAGGAGAAUUCACACUGGUGAGAAACCAUACAAAUGUAAGAUUUGUGACAAGGCUUUCAGACAUUAUUCACACCUCUCACAACAUACUGUAAUUCACAUUGGAGAGAAAUCUUACAAGUGUAAUGACUGUGGCAAGAUGUUCGGUGACAAUUCAGCCCUCUUAGUUCACAAGACAAUUCAUGCUGGAGAGAAACCUUACAAGUGUAAUGAAUGUGGCAAGGUUUUUAAUCAACAAUCAAACCUUGCACGUCAUCAUAGACUUCAUACUGGAGAGAAACCUUACAAAUGUGAAGAAUGUGACAAAGUUUUCAGUCGCAAAUCACACCUUGAAAGACAUAGCAGAAUUCACACUGGAGAGAAACCAUACAAAUGUAAGGUUUGUGACAAGGCUUUCAGACGUGAUUCACACCUGGCACAACAUAUUGUAAUUCACACUGGAGAGAAACCUUACAAGUGUAAUGAGUGUGGCAAGACCUUCGUUCAGAAUUCAUCUCUUGUAAUGCAUAAGGUCAUUCAUACUGGAGAGAAACGUUACAAGUGUAAUGAAUGUGGCAAAAGUUUUAAUCACAAAUCAAGUCUUGCAUAUCAUCAUAGACUUCAUACUGGAGAGAAACCUUACAAGUGUAAUGAAUGUGGCAAGGUUUUUAGGACACAGUCACAACUUGCAUGUCAUCAUAGACUUCAUACUGGAGAGAAGCCUUACAAAUGUGAAGAAUGUGGUAAAGUUUUCAAUUUCAAAUCACGCCUUGAAAUACAUAGGAGAGUUCAUACUGGAGAGAAACCGUACAAAUGCAGGGUUUGUGACAAGGCUUUUGGGAGUGAUUCAUACCUUGCACAACAUCAGAGAGUUCAUACUGGAGAGAAACCAUACAAAUGUAAAGUUUGUGACAAGGCUUUCAGGUGUUAUUCACACCUGGCACAACAUACUAGAAUUCAUACUGGAGAGAAACCUUACAAGUGUAAUGAGUGUGGCAAAGCCUUUAGUGCGCAGUCAACACUUAUUCACCAUCAGGCAAUCCAUGGUGUAGGGAAACUUUACUAAAGUAAUGAUUGUCACAAAGUCUUCAGUAAUACUGUAACCAUUGUAAAUCAUUGGAGAAUCCAUAAUGAAGAGAGAUCUUACAAGUGUAGUAAAUGUGGCAAAUUCUUCAGACAUCGUUCAUACACUGCAGUUCAUCGGCGAACUCAUACUGGAGAGAAACCUUACAAAUGUCAUGAUUGCGGCAGGGUCUUCCAUCAAGCUUCAUCCUAUGCAAAACAGAAGAAUUCAUACAGGAGAGAAACCUCACCAGCGUGAUGAUUGUGGCAAAGCCUUUACUUCACGUUCACACCUCAUUAGACAUCAGGGAAUCCAUAAUGGACAGAAAUCUUACAAAUGUCACAAGUGUGGCAAGGUCUUCAGUCUGAGGUCACUC